AAUAACAGACAUAACACACAUUUUCGGAUUGAAAUAUUUUCGAAUUUAAAAUCCACGGAAGAAAAAAAAUUACAAAAAAAAAAUAAUUAAGGAAAAAUCGCGAGUGUCUCCGCAUCCUCGGAAUAUGAAAAAAGGAUAAUCUUCAUAAAUCGACGAGAAAAGAGAAAUAAAUACAACAAGUACCAACAAUAAAAAUAUUUAUACAUGUGUGUGUUGCCAUUACAACAACAAAUUCCACAUAUUUUAAAUGGAGAGCGCAAGCAGCGACGAGCGAGAUAUUGUGUAAAAGCGUAGAAUAAUUACUUUUGAUCAGUUUUCAUCUGGAAUAAGCGGAAUAAUGGAGCGAAAAUCAGCAAAUAUGUGAAUUUUACACGCAAAAUACAAGAAAAAUCCGAAAAUUGAGCAACAAGUAACACAAAAUUUUGUAUUAAAAAAAGAGGUUUAUAUAUAAAAAUAGUGUGAAUGUUAUAAAAAUAUACAUAUAGUAUAGAGAUAUAUAUAAAAAGUGAGAAAAGUAGCGACGUGCAUACAAAAAAAGAAAAGAAAAUAAUUUUUGUACAUCUUAUAAAAGUUAUUUCAACAAAAUAUAUGCACAAAUAAAUAUGCCAAAAAAUUGUCUGAAACAUGUUAGUGAAACAAAUGCAAUGCUUAGGAAAAAUAAUUUGCCCGAUGGAUGGGAAGUGAGUACGGAUUUCGAUGGAAAAGUAUACUACAUCGACCACAAUAACAGGACUACAACAUGGAUUGACCCAAGAGACAGAUUCACGAAGCCCGAAAACUUUGCGGACUGCAUCGGGAACGAACUGCCAUUGGGAUGGGAGGAAGUUUACGAUAGACAAAUAGGCCAUUAUUACAUCAAUCAUAAUACUCAAACGACGCAGCUCGAGGAUCCGCGGUUAGAAUGGAAGAGUCGGCAAGAGGAAAUGUUGCGCGAGUACAUGAGCUCGGCGCAAGAAACGCUCGAAGCGAAGAAGGAAAUCUACGAUGUGAAGCAACAACGACUUGUGCUCGCACAGGAGGAAUACAAUCAUUUGAACGCGCUGGCAGCAAGUAGAACGAGUUUGUGUUCAACAUCAAGCACAAGCAGUACGAAAUUUGACCCAGAAUUACUGAGAGCUGAUUUAUCGUUGGCUAAAGAAAGAGUAUUUAGGUUGAAAAAUGAGCUUCAACGGAUACAAACUGAAAUGACUUACACGAAACGAGGCGUUGACACGUUAUUCAAUGUUGAGCAAAAACUAAAUUCGCAACAAAAUGGCUGUUAUAACAUCAGUGAAGCACAAGCAAUCAUGCAAGAAGUGCGUAAAAUCCAAAAAUCUUUGAUUUCGGGCGAACGUGAAAAGAAAGAACUCAUGAAAAGUUUAGCGCAAGUCAAGGAUGAUUUGACACGUUUGCAAUUGCGACAAGAAAGCCCUGAAGCAUCAACGAUGAGUUUAGUGCAAGAUCGCCAAAGCGCCUAUUCGCAAACGGAUCUUUGUUCGGAAAACUUCCCGAUCGGUGCUCGUGAAUUAGCCAUCCUUCGUACUAAAUACGACGAACGUCGAAAAUCCGUGAAAGAUAUUCAAGCGCGUCUCGCCUCGCUCGAAGACAGAAUUCAACCGGGCGAAGUAGAAAGCGAUCAAGAUCGACUUUUGCUUUUCCAAGAAAAGAAACAACUUUUGUUGGAAUAUCGAAGUUUGUCUCCGAAAUGUCGCACACAAGAAGAAAUGCAAAAAAUUCAACAAUUAUGCAAAAAGUUGGAGAACGAUUUGAACAACGCGUACGAGGAAAGUAAUCAAUGUAUCGCAACUCGUCUAAAAAUCCACGAAGACAAGCAAAUGCUUUUGCAACAAUUGUUGGAUGGCUUCAAAGAAAUCGCGUAUUUGGAGAAACAAUUACGCAGCACAAUGUCACACAGCACUCUUUCAAUUAGCAGCGGAAGCAGUUUGGGCUCUCUAUCGACCGCAAGCAGCAAAGGAUCCUUAAGCGGAUUAAGUUUUACCGACAUUUACGGCGAUCCGUUAUCGACAGAACCGCACAUCGACAUGGUUGACAUCAAUCGUCGCGUGCAAUCGUUCUUCCAUCCAACAUCAGAAGUUUCGUUGUCGCCUCGAAGCAGUUUAUCGGGCGAAACUCCGCCCGCAUCUCCCAUGAAGAGUGACGUCUUGAACGAACCCAUGUACGAAAACACCCAAAAUUUGGAGCUUUUGACGCAAGACGACUUGAGGGAGCUUCAUAUCAAACAUAUGGCAUUGGGACCUCCAUUAUCGCCAAUUUACGAGAAACCCUCGACGCUCGAUAUUCCUCAAGCUGUUUUAUCGCGAUCAUCAAGUGCAUCAAACACGAGAUCCGUAUCGGCAGCAGUUAGUGACGAAUCUGUGGCGGGAGAUUCGGGCGUUUUUGAGGCUUCGCGUGCAUUGUUACAGAAUAAGGAUACGGCUCAAGUACAAAUAGGAUUAAAAUACUCAAAGACAGAAUGCUGUUUGACGGUAACCAUUGAACGUGCCAGAAAUUUGAAUGCUCUCUCGCUGCCCAGCGGAUGUCAAUUAUACAUUCGAGCAGCUUUAGUGCCUGGAAAUGCACAACAAACAAUCCGAACGAGUGCCUUUACGGAUUUCAUCAAGCCUUCUUUCAACAACAGCUUCACAGUUAUCGUGCCUUUGCAACAUAUCUUUUCAAAAUCGUUACAAGUGAAAGUUAUGAGUAUCACAAACAGUUCAGAAGAAUGGGUUGGAAAUGCACAAAUCAGUUUGGCUGAAUUCAAUAACGAUGACAGCAACAGCAAAUGGUACAAUAUCAUCAGUAUGGUCAACCCGGAGUCAUUUAGUGCCGCCUUCAAGGAAGAAUCGAGUGACGAAUCAACGAUAAUUUCGAGCCAAACUUCAACUUUAACACGCGAUCAAAAUCACGUCGAACUCCAAUUGGCAUUGAACAUGCAAGAUCAGUUAAAUAUCAACAGUGACGACGACGAGGAAGAAGAAGAUUCGGAUCGUGUGACUUUCGGAGAUUUGGCUGACAAGAUGCUCUUCAAUGUGUACGAUGACGUUCACGAGAAGGAAAAUGCUCAAGUUGUUGACAAAGAAACCAACACAGAAUGUGCGUUUUUCCCUGAAAAGAGACGCGAAAGAGAUUUCCCGUCGAAAAAUGUCAUCAAAGAAACGGAAGAGCGGAUCGUCAAGAGAUCACAAACUUUUUCGCCAAGUGCUGUUGUCCCAAAAACUCGUUACGUGUGUCGUUUAAAUCGCAGCGACAGUGACUCGGCAAUGCACUUCAAUCAUAUCACGCCACAUUCCUUUAGACGGGGAGCCAUUGAGCGACGUUCCCUGCGUUAUCACAAUCGUAUGCCGGGAGUUGUGGGCGCUCCAUCAACGAGUACGUCUGUAAAAAGUUAUCCUGCCAUACCGAGAACAAGCUUAGAUUUAGAAUUAGACUUAAAAGCGCAACAAACUAAACUAGAAAAUUUAACUGAAGAAAUUGUUAGACUGCGAGAAUUAAAAAAUAGGUUAGAGCAAGCUCGUGACAAUAAUGAUACGAAAAUCGCAACAUGGGCUUUAGAAAAUGAACAAUUGCAGAAAAUUGUGGAUGCCGUGCAAAAUCAAACGAAUCCCGAAACGAAACACAUGCAAAAGUUGCUACACAAAACAUCCAAAGAAAUUUACAAAUUGAGAAAAACGAAAGCAUGCAAGGGACAACCCGAUAUUACUUCGUUCAAAGAAAAAAUGGCAUUCUUUACACGCCAAGGUUUAUCCGUACCUGAAAUACCAAUCGACAGUAUGUCGACAGAGGAGCUCGCAAUGAAUUUGCCUGCGCCAACAGACUUUUUAGCUGAAAAUAUUAGCAAUAAUACCAUCAUCAAAUACAAUACUCAUCAUAUUCCUCUUUCGCUUAAGAAUUCAGCAUGCAGCGGAAACAGUGACAACGGUUUGGAAGAUUCGCGUGGCGUUGAAGUGUAAAAAAAAUUGAAAAAUCGCUCAUGGAAGAUAAAAGAAGCAAUUGAGGUCGACUCAGCCUCUUUACAAUUGAGUACCGACUAAAUUCGGGAAGAACCCAAAAGGUUUUUCUUCUUUGUAAGUCACUCGUUAAAAGUGCAAUACGAUAGAUUUUUUCACAUGUUGAAUUGUAAUUAAAUAAUUUAUGGUUUUUUUAACUUGUAAAUAUAAAAAAUAAGGAAUAAAAAAUUUUAAUGUUAAACAGUCAAAACAAACAAAAAAAAAAACAAUUAACGAUCCAAAAAUUCUACGCCGCACUGCCUUGGAAUGUAAUUCGCGAAUAAAUAAAAUACUUACAAAAAUCAAAAUUUUAAAUAAAUGUGAACCAACCACCGAUAAGAAAAACUUCAGAAUUUACAAAUAAAAAAAAAGUUCGUGCCUAAAAAAAAACGAGAUGCCCUAAAAAGUAAUGAAUAAGAGUUUUUUUUAAAUUAACGCUCAAAUAAGUUUUAAACAAAAAAUUUAAAGAAAUUAAUUUUCUUCCCCUGCUUUUAUUUAAAAGAAAAAAAAAAUAAAUAUUAAUUUUAAUAAAUAUUUAAUUUAUGUGAUCAAUUAGGUUUCCGGAGAAAAAUAUAAAAAAAAUUG